CGUUCUAUAAAUUACUUUAAUCGAAUUUUUAAUGGUCCGAAAUUAAAAAUAGAUUAUUUCGAAUUUAAAUUUCUGAUUACUAUUAGAAAGAAAUAUUAUUUAUUCGUCUAUAGUAAUUACCAAUCGGGUUCAGUUGUCAACGUGGCAAAGUCAAUGGCCUCCUUCACUAUCAGACGUCCUUCAUUUCUCCAUUUAAAUCGUUUAUUUAAAACGUAACACAAGUUGCAGUUCAGACAGUCAAUAUUCUCUGCAGCAUGGAUGUUCAGACUGCGUUUGUUUGCGUCGGAGUUUUCUUUGGAUCGGCCGCGGUGGUGUGCCUGAUUUCCAUGUUUGCAAUCAAGGAGAAGACUUUCGAAGAGGCCAUAGAAGAACAGAAGCGACGCAGUCAGGAAGAGGUGCUCUGUAAGACCGAGAAGCCCAAAAAAGACAAAAAGUAUAAAAAGUGGUCUCGGCAGAAGAAAGAGAAGAGCAAUGAGAAGUAUCAUGAGGAGGAGAAUGUACUAGAGAAGUGCAAUUCCUGUGACCAUGUAGAAUUCAAACCUGAGCCGGAAUUUGUGGCAGAGUCGGAUGGUGAGACGAAACCACCGAAGAGCAAGAAGCACAAAAUAAGUGUGCCAAAGCCAAUACUGGCAAAGAAGGAUGACGUUCCCAUUGCAGAGUCCAUCUCCGAAGCCCUGGAGGAGGUUGACCUCAGAAAGGAAAAGAAUGAAUCGGGGGAAGUGGCAAGAGAAGUUGCAGAAGAGCCCAAAAAAGCAUCCGAGCCAACCUUCAUUAAAGAGACGCAUCGACGGGAAAUCAAAACUGCAAGAGAGGUCCAUUCGGCUGAGACAGAACUCGCCAAAGAGAUGCCUGUUACGGCAGGUGUUUCCAAGAAGAGAAAGGCGAAAGUCGAGCAUUUUGAAAAUGGUGAUUUCAUAUCUGGUGCCAAGUUGCUGAAUCUGAUGAAGAAUGCUAUACUAACUGAUGUAGAUGUGCAGACUCUUAUCAAUUUCUUGUUAAAUAAGCAGGGAGAAGCUUCUGGCUGGAUGAAGAAAAAUGAUCCAGUGACGACUCUGAAAAAGCAGCUACAAGAGAAAGAACAAGCUCUGGAAGUGGAACAGAAACAGACACAGGCAGCAACUAGUAAAUUACGUGAACUAAGAAAAGAAUUGAACCAGGAGAAGUCGAAGUUAACGGCUGUUGAACAGACCUCACGUGAAAAGAUUAGCCAGUUGCAGCAGGAAAUCCAGGCCAUGCAAGUCCGUAUGAAAAGUAGUCAUGAGCAGCACGUUUCGGAAACCUCGUCGGUGCAGACUAAACUGCAACAGUUACAAGCCAAAUUAACAGAAAGCACCAACGAAAAUGCAAAAUUACAGAAAGAAAAGUCCACUUUAGAGAGUACACUUUCUACUAUGGAAUUUGAAAACAAGAGCCAUUCUGAAGAAAUAGCAAAACUUCAGUCCAAAUUAAAACAAGUUGAAGAAUUCCAGUUAGAAAAUGAAAAGAAAGAAAAGGACAUCCAGCUCAUACAGAAGUCAAAGGACAAUAUGGAAGAGCAUAACAAAGAACUGGAAGGGCGCAUUCGUGAACUUAUGUCAUCGCACGAGACCGAGCGCAAGGACCUGCAACAGAAGUUGUCGAGCACAAACAGUCAAUUAAAAUCCGUAGAGAAGACUUGUUCAGUCAUCAGUCAGGAAUUAAAAGACAAGAAAUCUGUCUGUUCUGAUCUAGAAACGGACAAUAACACGCUAAAACACAGGUUGCAAGCUAUGGAGAGUGUCGUCAAAGACAGGGAACAAGAAAUUAAAAAGUUACAGGCCAGUCUGGAGGAGACUUGCAUGCAGAGAACAGAACUCGAAUCUCGUCUAGAGCAACUUCAGAAUAAACUUGAGCAAUUAACAAAGAGUCAAGAAGAAGAAAUUCAUCAGGUGAUGUCGACCCCGGUCGAUCACGAGAAUCUAAGUCAGUUUCCAAAUGUGGGUGAGAGAACCUCUGCAGAAGGAGAAGAAGCACCUCAUUACCAUCAAAAUGGAGAUGUUCGCCAGGAGGUGGAUAAAACUUCACAGAAGAAAAUGUUAGAGCUUUCCGAGCACGAACGAAUAAUGGAGGAGAAAGAGGCAGCUUUAGAAAGGUUAUGGGACGAAGUCAAUCAGCACAAAUCAACUAUAACAAAUUUAACUGAAGAAUUAGCUGUACAGAAACAGAAAAAUAACGAAUUGAGAGAAAAGAACUGGAAGGCAAUGGAAGCUCUUUCUACUGCAGAAAAGACAGCAGAGUCAAAAAUAGAGCAGUUGAAAAGAGAGUCCGAGGAAAAGAUAAACAAGAGUCGAAAAGAGUUGGAAAGGAUGGAGGAGAGGAUAGAAGAAAUAAAGAGGCAAUUUGGUCAGAAUGGGAAGACGGAAGAACAUUUUGUACAGGAAUUAAGAGAAGCAAAAGACAGGGCUGAACAGUCAUUACAGACGGUAGAGCAGAGGCUGAAGGAUGAACGCAUUCUAAACGAAAAUAGAUUAACUCAAAUAGAUGAAUUGCAGCAAAGGUUUCAAGAUUUUCAGACGACUGUAAAUAAUAAGAUGAAGGAUUUAAGUAAAGAAUUUGAUUCAAAAAUAGAAACUCAACAGAAAGGAGAAAGAGAGCUGUUGCAAAGGAUAUUUCCCGAUGUGAAAGUCAACAAGCAGCUAGAACAUUCUGUGUGGGUUUCUCAUUUUGAACGAGAAGCUUUGAAUAUAAUUAACACUACACAACUCCGAAUGGGAGACAAAGUAGCAGAAAGUCUCCAAAGGGAGGUAGAUGAGUUAAGAAGUCAGGUGAUGGCUGUGAAAGAAGAUAAAGAGAAAACGGUGCAACACUACAAGACUGUUCUAGCAGAAACGGAAGCUAUAUUAAAUAAAUUACAAAAUAGUGUUGAACACGAAGAACUGGAGUGGAAAAAGAAACUAAAAUUGAAAGAACAAGAACUUGAAAAGGUUAGUAAAGAAAACAAAGAAUUACUUUCGGAAAAGAAGACGUUAGAAUCGAACCUUCAACAAUUCCAAGGAUUGGAAGAGACAACAUCAGAGGUAUGUGGAGUUAGAUUUGCGUAUAAUUGCAUUGAAAAGAUCCUACCUUCCGUUGUUAACGAGAUGCAAUGCAAACUCAAAGAACUACAAGUCAAAUUAGAAGGGGAAGAAGCAGAAAGGAAAUUACUUGAACAGAAACUAGAAGAGGCCAAUCAAAGUGCCUUAAAAUUCAAAGAAGACUUUGAUGCCAACUCGAAAGAAAUCAAAGAACUAAGGAAAGAGAGUGGAAACUUUGAAAAUGUUAAAAAAGAAUUGCAACAAAUCAAAGUCCAAUUAGAAAAAGAAAAGAAGAUUACGAAAGACCUAUCUGCUCAGACGGUCAAACUCAAUUCUCUAGUUAAAAUUGGUCAGGAUGCAUUGCGUGCUGAACAGGAAACAGUUGAGAAGCUGCAGGCUCAGCUUCGGAGCUUAGAGAAUAAGAAUCUGAAUGGACCGGGUGCGUCCCAGAAUGCGGAGAGUGAAGACGUUUCGACCAAGAAGUAAUCUGUGACGAAAGGACGUGCUCCGCCAUGCAUUUAUCGCACGACGUAGAGUGCAUCUCGUCCACGUGGAGGAAGCAGACCUUUCCGCCAGAUCGGAUGGACGGAGACGCGUCGGGCGAAGUUCCUACAGUGUGGUGCUUAACGACAGAAAUAUUAGAUCAUUUUAACAAUAUACAUUUAUGCAUAAUAGAAGGGGAAAAGUGCUUUAUUAUGUUCUUUUUAUACAUGCCAAUAUUUCAAAGUGACUGUAUGAUUUAUGUUAAAAUAAUUAUUUUCUAUUAAAUUCCUUGAUUAAAAAAAGUCCAA